AUGGAGGAGGAGGUCGUGGUGGUUCAAGCUUUGGUGGUCGUUCAGGUGGUUAUGGAGGUGGUGGUGGAAGUUAUGGUGGAGGUGGUGGAAGUUACUGGUGGUGGUGGUGGUUAUGGUAGCAGCAGUGGCCGUUCAGGAGGAUCAGGCGGCCGUUAUUCUGGUGGUUCAGACGUUCUUCUGGUUACAGUUUUGGUUCAGGUGUUCAGGCGUUCACCGUUCUUCAGGUUAUGGUGGGGAUUUGGUUCAGAUCGUUCUUCUCAGUCAAGUGGAAGGAGCAGCUUUGGUGGGUUUGGAUUAAACAGAUCGUACUGA